AAAUGAAAAUGGCUGUCGUUUAGAAUAUUUUUUCUACAAAAUUAUGUUUGUGUCGGUAAUUCGAAUACGAAAAAUACCGUAAUUGUGUAUUGUUUUUCCUUUUAGAUGAAAUAUAGAAUGUUAAAGUGGUUUUAGUUUAUUUUGUGAUGAAAAGGUUGUAGUUGGUACUCAAGUUAGUCAAGUUACUCAUAGCUCUGUUCAAUAUGGACCUCACGGGCGAUGAGGACCGAAGACGGCGUCUAAAUUUGCUCAAAGGCAAAAUUCAUGAUCCACAAGGAAAGGGAAACAUCGAUUCUCUUCUGGACACUGUACAGGCUCUCUACACAGACUGUGACCAUCCUGCCAUUAAAAAACUUAAGAACUUUGAAGUUUAUUUAAAUAGAUAUGACUCUGUCGCGAGCGACAUAAUAAAUCUUCGAAUGAAAACCGAUGACUUUGAAUACAUCAAAGUCAUCGGUAGGGGAGCAUUUGGAAAAGUUCAACUUGUAAGACAUAAACACACCAGACAGGUAUACGCAAUGAAAAGGCUCAGUAAAGCAGACUUAAUAAAGCGUUCGGACUCGGCGUUUUUCUGGGAAGAACGGCACAUUAUGGCACAUGCGAAAUCCGAAUGGAUAGUCCAAUUACAUUACGCGUUUCAAGAUGCCAAACAUCUUUAUAUGGUGAUGGAUUACAUGCCGGGUGGCGAUAUCGUAAAUUUAAUGCUGAACUAUGAGAUACCUGAGACGUGGGCCAAGUUUUACACUAUGGAGGUUGUUCUGGCCCUAGAUGUGAUCCACUCAAUGGGUUUUGUUCAUAGGGACGUCAAACCCGAUAACAUGUUAUUGGACAAACAUGGACAUUUGAAAUUGGCAGAUUUCGGUACUUGUAUGAGGAUGGAUUCUGACGGGUUAGUUAGGUCUAAUAAUGUCGUCGGCACUCCCGACUAUAUUUCACCUGAGGUGUUACAAAGCCAUGGCAAAGGUAUCUAUGGUCGCGAAUGCGAUUGGUGGUCUGUGGGUAUUUUUGUCUAUGAAAUGUUGGUGGGAGAAACGCCAUUUUACGCCGACAGUUUGGUAGGAACUUACAAUAGGAUCAUGUACCAUGACAGGUACCUCGCAUUCCCUGAAGAAGUUGAAAUAUCUAGUGAAGCUAGAUCACUUAUACAGGGUCUCUUGUGUGAUAGACUUAAACGCUUAGGUAGGAAUAGUGUAGACGAAAUAAAGAAUCACCCGUUUUUUGAAAACACUGAAGGAUGGACCUUUAAUAACUUAAGAGAUUCUGUACCACCUGUAGUUCCUGAACUGGUUAGCGACGACGAUACUAGAAAUUUCGACUAUGAACGGGAUUACGAGAGAGACGAGUCACCUGAAGAGAUUUUUCCUACUCCAAACACUUUCGUCGGCAACCACCUUCCUUUUAUAGGUUUUACUUAUAAUUCUGAUUCCUACUUGCUCACCGCAGAGGACGACAUAGAUAGCAAAAACAGCAACCAUAUUUAUCAAGAUCAAAACGUAAACGCUCAAGUUAGCAAACUAGAACAGCAAUUAGAGCAGGAAAAAAGUAGCUCAGAAAGUCUUAGAGCUAAACAAAAAAUACUCAUAGAGCAGCUAGAUAUUUUGGCAAGCAAAGAAACUUUAUUGCGAGACGAAAUUUCAAAGUACGAAAAAGAGUUGACGUUACUGAGGCAUAGUUGCAAAGAGAUGCAAAGGAAAGCAGAAACCGAAGGAGACAUGAGAAAAAACACCGAGAAAUUGUUAAGCGAUUUAAAGCAAAAAUUCGAAGAGGAGCAGAACAAGAGAACUAAAGAAAUGAACAACAAUCAGCAGCACAAUGACAAAAUACAUUUGCUAGAAAAGCAAAUCGGGGAGAUGCAAGAGAAACUGAAAAUUGAAACCGAAAGCUGUCAGAGGUUGCGCAAACAAACUACGGAACUCACCAUGGCCAAAUCGAGUUCGGAAAUGAAGGUGGCGGAGUUUCAAACGUCUCUGCAAAGUUUACAAGCGCAAAAGGACGUUUUACAAACGGAAGUGUCCAGUUUGCACGAGCAACUUAGCCAAGAACGAAACUCGCUCGCUCAAGCUUUUGACAAUCAGCUGUUGUUGGAGUCCAAAGUGUCUUCUUUGAAUAAAGAACUGGAAAUGGUCAAGCAGAAAGAGGGAAAAACAUCCGCGGAUAAUCAGCAGCUAAAUGAAAGAGUGUCUUAUUUGGAGAAAGAAAACGCUGGGUUAGCGGCUGAGCUAAAUACCGCUCAGACGAGGUAUCAGCAAGAGGUCAAGGCGCACGAAGAGACUGAGAAGAGCAGAAUGAUGAAUAAGGAGGAGGCGAAUUUGGAAGUUGUUAAGGCUUUACAAACAAAACUUAAUGAAGAGCGUAACGCGAGGCAAAAAGCGGAUCUCAACUUCCAAGAGAAGGAAAGGCAAAUAUCCAUGUUGUCGGUGGAUUACCGACAGAUCCAACAGAGGUUACAAAAACUAGAGGGCGAAUAUCGACAAGAAAUGGAGAAAGGAAAAGCCCUCCAUGCCCAAGUCGAGCAGGAACAACAGAAGAAGACUGUGCUGCAAUCGGAGCUUGUGCAGCAUACCAACGAAGUUGCAAAACUUAAGGCGAAAGAGUCACAAUUGGCAAAUGAUUUGGCUCAAGUUCAGCGUUCAAAACAAAUUAUAGAAGAAGAACUGAUGCGCAUAAAACGCAACUGGCAAAUGGAUCAGCUACAAAUGAAAGAGCUACAAGACUCCUUGGAAACCGAGCAUUACUUCGCGACCCUCUACAAAACCCAAACCGAGGAGCUCAAAGAAGAGCUGAGAGAGGAGCAAGAGGACAAAACCCGUCAAAAUAGAGAAUACGAGGAGGAACGAGCGUCACUCAAGCACCAGUGCCAAGUGGCUUUAGCCAGGGCUGAUUCGGAAGCUUUAGCCAGAUCCAUAGCCGAAGAGACUGUGGCCGAUUUAGAAAAAGAAAAGACCCUAAAAGAGCUUGAGCUGAAGGAGCUAAUGGGGAAUCAUAGAAACGAUAUUAAUGCCAAAGAAGUAGCGAUGAACACGUUAAAAGAGCGAGAGGCCGAGCUUAAGCGGCAGAACGAACAGUUACAAAAAGAGAAGGAGGAGUUAAGCAGGCAGCUGAAGCAGCUACAAGAGGAGUUUAAUAGGACGACUAGUAAUAAUGAAGAAAUCGAGAAACUGCGCCAGAAACUAAAGACUGAAAACUUACUUAAACAGACGGCUAUUAAUAAAUUGCACGAAAUUAUGAACAGGAAGGACCUGAAAGAGAAACCUGGUAAAAAUAAGAUUUCCAGCACGGAUCUGAGGAGGAAGGAGAAAGAUUUCAAGAAGCUACAGCAGGAAUUGUCACUGCAGAAGGAGCACUAUAAUCAGUGGAUAAAUAAUUUGCAAAAGAAUAUCCAAGAUUUAUCGUUGCAACUGACUGAAGAAGUGAACAACAAAAACCGGCUCCAGAUGGAACUGGACAGCAAAGAUGCUGAAAACGACAAGUUACAGUCGAAAUUGGCAGUUUUAAGUAGUGAAACUGCGUCGAUUAGUUCAGCUGAUGCUGAAGGGGAAGAUAUGAAUUCCGACUACGUAUUCGAGGGUUGGCUGUCGAUACCGUCUAAGCAAAAUAUUAAAAAACACGGGUGGAAAAAGCAAUAUGUGGUGGUGUCAAGUAGGAAAAUUAUAUUUUACAACUCGGAGAACGAUAGGCAGAAUACGGAUCCUGUGAUUGUGCUGGACUUGUGCAAAGUCUUCCACGUCCGAUCCGUUACUCAAGGAGACGUAAUUCGGGCGGACUCGCGGGACAUCCCGCGCAUUUUCCAGUUGCUCUACCUCGGCGAGGGUGAGGCGCGUAAACCGUCAGAGGAGCCGAACAAUAUGCUCGACACCUCGUCGGUGAGGAGUUUCGACGAGAAACCGCCCGGCAUUGUAACGCACAAAAACCACGAGUUCCUGGUGAUAUCCUAUCAUAUACCUACGUCGUGCGAGGUGUGUCCCAAACAGUUGUGGCACAUGUUUAGGCCGCCCCCUGCGCUCGAGUGUCGAAGAUGUAGGGUGAAAAUCCAUAAGGACCAUCUGGACCGUAAGGAGGACACCGUUCCUCCCUGUAAACUACACUAUGAUCCCUCUUCAGCCAAAGAACUCCUGUUGCUCGCUACCUCGGUGGAGGACCAGCGACUGUGGGUAAACAGACUCAGUAAGAAGAUAAAAAUGCACGGGUACAAGGCCAACAAUUCGAAUUCCGACACCUCGAAAAUAUCACCCCGGGAAUCGACACGGUCCGCCCUAAAACCUUACCUAAACAUCCCGCAAAGGUCAGCGACCCUACCAGCAAACUCCUCCAUGAGCGGGAAAUGACAAGAAACGACCCACGCUAAGGUUAAGUCUUCCUGCUCGAUGGCUUCCAGAUAUUUCCAUAAGCCUUUUUAACUUAUUGCCACCUUUCAGACCCGAUCUGGGUACAUGUAACUUUACAGACCUGUGGGUCGUUACGAAAUCGAUUACGAUCAGCAGUAAGUCAGAUUCGACAUGGAAUUUAAUUAUGAGAAUUUACUUAUAGAGCUGGUCCUGAGAUGUAAAAAAGCGCGACAAAUGACAUUGAAAAAAAGAGGUUUUGGGAACUACGACUUUGGUUGCUCACAACUAAUUUAAGGUGGUAACAAUGAUUUUUCAAACUCUAGUAUUAUAAAAUCGUGUUAAUUGCACAGUUUACUACUAGAAUACUCAAGUGCCUAAACUGUCUUACCAUUUAAAAUUUAAAUCAAAAUUACUUUCUAAGCUCAACAAAUAAUUAGAAUAGAAAUAUUUUUGUAAAUAGAUACAAAAUUCUUAAAAGUUUUCAUGAAUUCAAUGCUUAUUAAUGAUCUUGUUGGGUCUGACCGACUUAUACGUUUUUAUAUACAGUAUGUGAUAUUACUUUACAACGCAAUCUAAAAUUUUACUUAGGAAAUAGUUGACUUCAUUAUAUUGAAUUCGCUUUUCAGCAACUUGUUGAUAGUAAGGUAUUUUUUAAUAUUAUUAGGCGUACUUAAUUCGGUUUGUAGGGCAGCUUUUUUUUAGACAGUGCUAAAUCCUGUGCCUAAUGUAUGUGUAUAGUAUCAUUUUUUUUGUAAACCCACAUUCCUUUUUAUCGCUGGUAUUAAACUGGGUUUCCCCGAGCGUGUUAAUGCUUUGUUUGAAGCACUUUUUGCCUAAGUUGGCUUGUUGCUUGGUACAAACCCAGCCGUAACAUAAAAUUUUUAUAAUUUGUUGAAUAUAUUAUUUGUUAUUGUACAAAGUUAAUGAAUGGUUAUUUAUCGCGCUGUAUCAUAUUAUAUCAUUUACGUCGAAUAAGAUUGAAGGUUUUUACCAAUAAAAUGUACAUUGUGCCUUAUUUUUUGUAGCUCAUUACAAAAACGAUUUAUCAAAGUGACAUUAUUUUUUUCGUUAGUUUGUAAAUUACUUACAUUAGUUAUUGUAUACAAAUUAAGCCAAAAUGGGUCAUUUUUAAAUAAAAACUGUUCUUAUUUAUUGUAAA